AUGCCUUCCUUCACGCAGACCUUUGCCCUGCUCACCACUCUGGGCGCUGCUGCCGUUUCCGGCGGUUCUGUCGUCGUCAAGCGCGAGCCAUCCACCAAGAACGGUCCCGUGUCCGACUACUACACCCGCGUCAAGUAUGGGAUUCCCAUCCCGCCUCAGCUGUCGGCUAUUGUCAAGCGCGCCGGGAUCGACACAUCCUCCAAGCUGCGCAAGAGGCAACUGCUAGAAGAGCUGCAAGGGCAACACCAGGUGCAAGCUCAAUCAGAACGGCAACAAAAUAGCAGCAUCUCUGCCAUCCCCAGGAGGAACGACACGGAGUGGGUGAACAAGGUCGAGAUUGGCACCCCGGCUCAGGCCCUGACCUUCCAGAUCGACACGGGUUCGUCAGAGCUUUGGGUGUAUGCCGACCCGAACCCCACCGCCACGGCCGCCAACCGUAGCACUUACAGCUCCUCGAAAAGCACCUCCGCAUCCCUCAUCCCCAACGUAGCUUGGAACAAAAGCUACUCCGGAGGGGAGGGAGUUUCCGGCAGCGCAGUCUACUACGACGUCGUCCGCGUUGGUGACAUCGUCGCCCAGUCGCAGGCCGUGCUCCCUGCGACCCAAGCGUCUGCAUCACUCGUAGAAUCUCCAUACGACGGCAUCCUGGGUCUCAGCCUAGCCAACUACACUUCGGUGUUGUCGAGCAACGGGACAUCUGUCCCUGAGGCUGAUGCGCCGACCAGCUUCUUCAUGACGGUCAAAUCGUCACUCAAGGCGCCGCUUUUCGGCGUGGACCUGAAGCAGAACGAAGAGAGCUACUUUGACUUUGGCAUUGUGCCCAUGAACCGCUACCGCGGCAAGGUCGGCUGGGCACCCGUGCUUCGCGACCUUUCUAACGGUGCGAGGUUCAGAAAUUGGAAUAUGACGGCAUCAGGAUACGCGAUCGGCAACGCAACGGCUUCCAACCUUACAACGGCGUACAUGACCGGCGUCGUCGACACGGGAACCACCUUGAUGUACCUCGACCAGCCCAUUGUGCAAGAAUAUUACAGCAACAUCGCCGGGUCCAGGUACGACGCCAACCUGACCGCAUGGCUUUUCCCUUGCAACCAAAAAAAACCGCUUCCCGAUUUCUCCUUUGGUGUCGGGGACGCCCCUGACGUCACCCUCAUCACCGUUCCGGGCAGAUAUUUCAACUGGUCGGUCCAUGAUAACGUCACCUGGGAGUGUUACGGUGGUCUUCAAGAGGCGUAUGACUACAAAGGUGGCAAGCUUUCACUGUUUGGUUCUGUGGCGAUGAAGGCCGCCUAUAUCAUUUUUGAGGACAAUCGCCCGGCCUCGGAGCCUAGGAUUGGCUGGGCUGCCAAGGAUCUCAAAUUCUAA